UUUGUGUGACAAGUGAAACUACCUUUAUCUUUAGAUCUUUAUUUCAUUCAUCUAAUCUUCUAUCACUCACUAGAAUGCCUGCCAUAUAACAGGCUGUCAGAAUGGUCUAGAACUCCGAGCGAAAGAACACCAGAAACACAGACACAAUGAGUGCAUCUCGAAUAAGCAGAGUGCCCGUCAAAAAGGCCCAGGGGGCAGGAAAGCUGGGGAACCAGGGGAAACUAAGCCGUGCCUCUCCCCAGUUUGUAAGCCCCCCGACGACGUCGUUACCAAAACGCGCGAACCCGCUCCUGACGAACCCACCCCGCGAAGUCCGACGACGGCUGUCACCGAAAGGCAUGGCGUUUCUUGGGAUGGGAGUGUUGGUGGGCAGCGCAUACGUGGGGAUGCUGUACGCCUCGUACCAGCGCGAUCUGGAGCGGUCGCGAACGUUACAGAUCCCACCCGACGUGUCGGACCGGUACCAGCGCACGGCGGCCAGCUACGACGCAGAGGUUGACAUGUCGGAGACACUGAUGCGUAUGGGGACCAAGCGGGAGGAGCUGGUGAAGCGGGCGCGCGGCGACGUGCUCGAGGUCAGUUGCGGGACGGGGCGGAACAUGGAAUACUACGAGCUGGGGGAGAAGGUGGUUAUUGACAGCAAGGGCCGGGCGAGUGUGCAGGGUUGUCGAAGCGUGACGUUUAGCGAUCUCAGUCCGGAGAUGGUGGAGCUUGCACGGCAAAAAUACGAAGUGAAGAUGAAGGAUAAGAACAAGAACAAGAACAAGAACAAGGAGAAGGUCCAAGUCUCCGUCGCCUUUAAAGCACAAGAUGCAGGGAGCAUUGCACCUCCGGAAGGCCGCCCCCAUUUCGAUACGGUGGUGCAGACGAUGGGCCUGUGCUCGAUGCCGGAUCCUGUGGGCGUGCUGCAACAUCUGGGGAGCAUCACGGAGCCACGCGAGGGUCGGAUCCUACUGCUGGAGCAUGGCCGGUCGCACUACGCCUGGGUGAACCGGAUCCUGGACGACGUCGCGCCUGCCCACGCAGAUAAGCAUGGCUGCUGGUGGAACCGCGACAUCGGCGAGAUCGUGCGGCAGAGCGGGCUGGAAGUCGUCGAGAUGAAGCGGUGGCAUCUCGGCACGACAUGGCAGUUUGUCCUGAGGCCAAUAGAGAAAGUAUAGUGUUUGUAUGUAUAGUGUGUAGUGUAUGUGUGUAGUGUAUUAGUAAAUAGAAUAUUUCUACCUAGGUAGUAUUGACGACAU